AUGGGAGAUGGCGACUUUGAAAAGGACAUCAAAAAGCUGCGGCAGACGGAAAUAGUGCUCAGGUGGACGGAGCUGGAAAAAAUCUCCGACUGGGUCGCAGCCGUCAGAGACACGGCGCUCAAGGUGGAAAACGCAUAUUGGCUGCUCAAGUUUGGAGUCGGAGCUGUCUCGGCCCUUAUAGACCAUGUCGGGUGGUGUGGACUUAUUGAUCGGGUGCAUCUGUUCAACAAAUGGAGCUCGGACGACGACAUUUACGACUACGUGCGAUCUACCCAGCCGUUCAUCAUCCAGGGAGAUCUGACAACUGACAACCUCCUCUACUACAGAAAACCAGCCCAUUACUCUCAGAUGCUGCUCAAGAUGAUGUGGCUGAGCGUCGACAGCGAGAUCCAGACGCAUAUCCGGGCUCUGCAUCCAACAGAGGCCUCCGAGCUGCUCCAUUUCAUCAUCAACGUGAAGAGUUUCAAGGGCAUCUACAUUUGCAAGGCCAAGGCCCAACUUGCCAGAAGGUGCAAAAACGUGCUGAGAGGCUCCGAGUACCACCAGGACCUUGCCGAUCUGACGGACUACGCCUCGAAACUAUGGCACAGACACAAGGAUGAGCCUGAUCUGUUCGGAACGACCAUCAGAGACACUCUUAUCCAGGCACACAGAUUCAAGCCUGCCGCCGGAGGUGCUGAAAACGAAAAGUCUCUGGCGCAGUUUGAACGACUUAUAGACGAUAAACACACCAUGGAGACGUCGUUCAUUGUGUCGGGACAGACAACGGUGGACAACAAGGUGGAAAAGGUGAUUUUCGCGGCCAAAUACAGAUUGGCAUACAGAGAACUGAUGGGUCUGUUCCCGCCAGUGGUGGUUCGAUACAGCAUCACCUGUGGCCAUCCACCAACAAUUCUUCCAGGACCAGUCGAAACGUCUUUCAGAUUCUGUUGCAACGACUCCCAGGCAUCAAUGGACCUCUCGUGCAGUUUCGAACAUAUCACCAAAAACUACCCAGUCUCAAUCUGCAACAACAAGGACAUGAUCCAUGAGCUCAAAGGCGUCAGCGAACCUACCCAGAUCUGCUGCGAAAACCUCUACUUUGAUGUCGAGUCCAUCGGAAAGGUGUAUGUGGGAGAUGACAACGAUGGAACGCCCUUGUGGAUCGAAAACGUAUACUACGUGCCUGGAAUCCCCCUCAAUGUCAUUGUCUACUACCACGACGGGCCGUGGGUCGUGCGCGAAAUCGCAGAUGACAAUCUGGCCUAUAGACCUCUGCUGACCUCAGGAACGAAAACGAAUGAAGACUGCCACCAGAUUCAAUACGACUUUGCAGGAUGUCCCAGAAUCACCUUUCCGCCUUACAAACCAGUCUGGCAACCUCAACAGCUCAGUAGAGAAGAAACUGUCAAGUGGAAGGAAAAACUGAGAGCAUCAAAACAAAAGGUGGACUAUCUCGCAGCAAGGGGGCUCCUAGGAACAGGUCUGGUGGUGUAA